AUGCCACUGGGCGGCUCUGUCACGUAUGGCUCUGAGUCUAGUGACGGUAAUGGCUAUAGGAGAGUUCUUCAACAGAAUCUCAUGUCAGAUGGUUACAUUGUGGACAUGGUCGGGUCUCGCAAGUCCGGUUCAAUGGAGAACAACGACAAUGAAGGUUGGCGGGGGUUCAGACUCGAACAAGUUACCAACAAAGCCAAAAGAUCAGUUCCUAGGCUGCUGCCUAACCUCUUUACCGUGAAUGUUGGAUCAAAUGAUUGCGUCCAGGACUUUGAGAUCGAGACUGCUGGAAAGCGAAUGAGUGACUUGCUCGAAUACCUUUAUACGGCGUCUCCUGGCUCAACGGUCAUCCUUUCUACUCUCCUUCCAAACUUGGAUGGAAAGAUUGACUCAAGAGUCCUAUGCGUCAACGAGCAAUUCUGGGAAAUAGCAAAAGCGAGAACGGCCGAAGGAAGAAAAAUUAUCAUCGUGGACAUGCAUGGCCCUGAUGGGCCCCAGAUCGGUGACCUGACGGAUGGCACACAUCCCAAUGAUGUAGGCUAUGCGAAGAUGGCAAUGAUUUGGCGCAGAGGGAUUCAUGAAGCUGUACAUAAAGGCUUCAUCCAAGAGCCACUAUGA